ACCAUUCGUGAUUCAUUAUUCACCUCUUUCGCUUAUACGUAUGUCAUGCUCAUCAAGAGCAAGCUCUUUAAGCUCGCCCUUUUCAGCAGCCUCUACCAUUACAGCUGUUGCAGCCGAAGCUAUCCUCGUCCUCCCUCUCAAGGGCUUGCACUCGAGCUCGUUGACCUUACGACCUGCCUGUUGUGCAUACUGCCCUCACCAUGCCUUCUGCCAUCAGCUUCCUAGAUGACGACCACCUCGGUUUUGACAGAUCUGCAAAGUCAGAAAGCAGCUCUUUACACGCUUCUACUCAGCCUGCUCACAGAUCUGGCUAUGACUCCGAUGAUACGCCAGACAUCUCAUCAGCCUUGCUCGGGCCUUCGACCUCUCGUUCAUCCGCUGAGUCUGGUAGAGGUAGCGGCAAGAACAGGCGCACCUCUGCUCCUGCCGUCGGCAACACAGAACAGGCCGACGAAGAUGAUGAGGCUUUCAUAGUCGCAGCAACUCAAAGGCACAAUAGGAAAGCGGGAACGGACCUGGCGAAAGACGUGGCCAAGAGCAAGGGCAAGGGAAAGAACAAGACUGCGAGCGGGACCUUGACGGGCGGAGGAAGCUUUCAGAGCAUGGGUCUUCCUCCUCAGCUGCUUCGCUCCAUUCUGCUGCGUGGCUACACCACACCUACGCCCAUUCAGCGCCUUGCUAUCCCAUCCUUACUCGAUACGCCGGCACGCGACUUGGUGGGCAUGGCUCGCACUGGAAGCGGAAAGACGCUCGCAUACAUGCUGCCUCUCUUGAAUCGGCUGGGAGGCAAGCACAGCACGACAGUCGGCAUCCGCUCCCUCGUGCUAUGUCCCUCACGUGAGCUAGCUUUGCAAAUCCUAAGGGUCGGGAAGGAGAUUGCUCGAGGUUGGAAAGUGCCAGAUUCCGAACCUCUUCGGUGGGCACUCAUAGUCGGUGGUGAAGGGAUGGAAGAGCAGUUCGCUCUCAUGGCCUCCAACCCGGAUGUGGUCAUUGCCACACCUGGCAGACUGCUGCAUCUGGCAGUGGAGGCAAAGCUCAAUUUCAGCUCGGUGCAGUUUGUGGUCUUCGACGAGGCCGAUCGCCUAUUCGAGAUGGGCUUUGCGGAUCAACUAGAGGAGCUCAUUAAGCGCAUGCCACCUACUCGGCAGACUGCUCUCUUCAGCGCGACUCUGCCCAAGACGCUGGUCGAGUUUGCUAGAGCUGGUCUGGCUGCGAACCCUAAGCUGGUCAGACUCGAUGCGGAUAGCAAGAUCAGUCAAGAUCUUCGUAUGGCCUUCUUCAGCGUCAAGCCGUCGGAGAAGGAGGCUGCACUGCUUGUGCUUCUCCGAGAUGUCAUUGGCGUGCCUCAAGGCUUAUCAGGUAGCGCAUCGUCGUGGCCGAAGGAAGGCAAAGGAAAGCGACGAGCUGCUCCGCUUAUAGGCACGGACGAGCUGCAGCCCCAUCAGACCAUCAUCUUUUGCGCCACCAAACAUCACGUCGAGUACCUUCUCGCCUUGCUCGGCACCGCCGGCUGGAGUUGCGCACACAUCUAUAGCUCUCUGGACCAAGCCGCGCGCACGCAAGAGAUGAUCCGCUUCCGAACAGGAGACGCAUCGCUGCUCAUCGUUACGGAUGUGGCUGCCCGAGGUAUCGAUCUGCCGUCCAUGACGCAUGUGGUCAAUUACGAUCUUCCUGCUUCGCCAAGGAUUUUCAUACAUCGAGUCGGCAGGACUGCCAGAGCCGGGAGGUCGGGUUGGGCCUGGUCACUGGUAGGUGGAACAGAUCUCCCAUACCUCUGCGACUUGCAGCUAUUCUUAGCAAGGCCUCUGAUGCGAGCUUCGGAUUUGAGCGGCAAACCGGAGCUGGAUCUGCACAACAAUCUUCAGCUUGGAACAUUUCCCCGAUCAGCUAUAGAUAUAGAAUCCGAACACAUCAUGCAAGGUCUGCACAACAGCAGCUCAAGUGCCUCGGUAGCUUUGCCAUCUCUCAAAACGGUGGUCGGCAGAGCUCAGAAGCUUUACGACCGCUCCGCUAGCAAAGCUUCGCAGGAAUCUCAUCGGCGCGCCAAGGCUAUGCUGAAGGGGGACGAUGAAUGGUGCUUGGCUGGUAAUGCGAAGGAAGAGCUUGGAGUGCAUGACGUGGUCGUCAGGCCUUCAGCCUAUGGUCUUUCCGGGGCAGGAACAAAUAGCCUGUCCAAACACCGUGGCAGCGACGGAUCGGAUGACCUAGCGGCGCAACGCGCUGCGCUCCUCGCCAAAGUCAACAGUUUCACUCCGCAGAACACAGUCUUCGAAGUCGGCACCAAGGGUCCAAAUCCACUGUCAGACCUGAUGAGAGAUAGAAGAGCUACUUUGGAUGCGAAGCGAGCGCGAGCGGCUGCCAGAGACGCAGUCCAAGAACCCGCGCAGUCAGAUGGAGAGAAUGGUGAAACGGAGUUCGGCGAUGUCGGGCCACUAGAUGAAAUGUCUCAGGCUGGAGAGAGCGACAUCGAGGAUGUCUUCGAUGUGGCGGACAAGUCCAUUAGCAAGAAAAGCGCACCGAAGAAGAAGUCCGCACCAGCGUCGCGAAGCUAUCGUGAUCCCGAGUACUUCAUGGCGUAUGAGCAUGCGGAUGCUGCGAAUGAGAGAGGGUACUCGAUGGGCCAUACAGACUCGUUCGCAGCUCAGGCCUCGAAAGCCUCUUACUCUUUAGCAGGCGACGAAGCGCGUCUUGGCACACAGACUCAAGCACCAAAUGCAUCUCGAUGGGACGUGAAGAAGAAGCGCUUCACGAAGGGAGACGGCACGGGCGAGAACAACGAAAAGUACAUUCGAACGGAAUCUGGCACUCGAUUGCCGGCGUCUUUCCAGAGUGGAAGGUACGAAGAGUGGAAGAAGAGCAACAAGGUCAACGUGCAGAAGGUCGGAGAAAGAGAGGACAAGAAGUCCAGCUCUGCUGCGCUGGCUGCUGCUGGUCGAGGCAGAGGUGGUAGCGCACGGGGUGGUAGAGGAGGAGGAGAAGGCAGAACAUUCAGACAUCACAGCUCCAAGGAAGCCAGAGAACCAGACAGAUUCAGGGACGACUAUCAGAAACAGCUCAAACGCAAGAGGGGAAGGGAAGCGGGCGAUGGUGGACACGAUGAUGAAGGUGGAUUCCCGACCAGGGCACGAGGCAGUGCCAGGGGAGCGAGAGGAUCGAGAGGAGCAAGGGGCGGUAGAGGUAGAGGGGGCUUGUCCCGUGCGGAUUCUAGGGUGGCUAGCAGUCUGAAAAGCGCUGCGCAGAUCCAAAAGACCCGACAACUCGAGGCGAAGAGAAAGGCGAAGAAUGCACGAGGUGGGCGUGGUGGAGGCAAGAAACGAGGCGUCAGAAGGUGAACGCUAGGUACAAGCGCUUGUCACGGAGCAGUAUAGCGUAUGCUGGAUACAAAUCCAUAUUUGCCGGUCCGGCCCCAUGAAAAGCGGUCCCGAACCAAGCUUGAUUGGCAAACAGCAUGGAGGAGAAGUCAGCAGACCACUGCUCUGAGCAGUCGUCCGGACGAAACCUAUUCUGCGAUAGUACCCAACCUCAGGCCGGCACGAGAACGGCUCCAAGUCGAGCGGCGUGGCGGCA